AUGGAAGAAGAGAAGAAGGCUGCGGACGUGGACGAGCCGAAGCGCUUCGAGAUCAAGAAGUGGAACGCGGUUGCGCUCUGGAGCUGGGACAUCGUCGUCGACAACUGCGCCAUCUGCCGCAACCACAUCAUGGACCUCUGCAUUGAGUGCCAGGCCAACCAGGCCUCGGCAACGAGCGAGGAGUGCACGGUCGCCUGGGGCGUGUGCAACCACGCCUUCCACUUCCACUGCAUUAGCCGCUGGCUCAAGACGCGACAGGUCUGCCCGCUCGACAACCGCGAGUGGGAAUUCCAAAAGUACGGCCGGUAA